GUCGUUGCUGCUGCUCAGACGGUCGCAGCUCCGCCCGCCUCUCUCCGUCUGUCUACCUGUCUCUCUCUCUCUCUCUCUCUCCACCUGCCCCCCCUCCCUCGUCCCCCCCUCCCCCCUCUCGGUGCGGACAUGCUCCGGGGGCUCCGGGGGAGAUGAGGCUCCGACAUGUCUCCUUCCUGACGGUCUUGUUGUUCGGGCUGUGCGGGCUGGUCUCUCUGUCCUGGUACACCGCCUUCAGCAGCUCCAGAGGAGAUGUGGUGGACAUCUAUCAGAGGGAGUUCCUGGCGUUGAGGGAGCGCCUCCACUCGGCCGAGCAGGAGAACCUGCGGCGCUCGAAGGAGCUGAACUUGGUGCUGGAGGAGAUCAAGAAGGCCAUCGCUGAGAAGCAGGCGCUGAGAGACAUCAACCGCACCUGGAGCAGCCUCUCAGAGGAGACGAGGCUGCGGUUGUGGAACGUGAGCAGCAGUAGAAACGUCCUGCAGCUUCCCUCCAUCUUCCAUCAUCUCCCCCACCUGCUGAGCAAAGAGGACAGCCUGCAACCCGCUGUACACCUGGGACAGGGUCGCACCGGAGUCUCCAUAGUGAUGGGGGUUCCCAGUGUGAAGAGGGAGGUCCACUCGUACCUGACCGACACACUCAGCUCUCUCAUGUCGGAGCUCAGCGCCGCCGAGAAGGACGACUGCGUCAUCGUCGUCCUCAUCGCUGAGGCUGACCAGCAGUACGCCGGCAGUGUAGCAGACAACCUGAAGCUCCUUUUUCCAGCAGAGAUCCAGUCGGGCCUGUUGGAGGUCGUCUCUCCGUCCGUCCACUUCUACCCCGACUUCUCCAGACUCCGAGAGUCUUUCGGAGACCCGAAGGAGAGAGUCAGGUGGAGGACAAAGCAGAACCUGGACUACUGUUUCCUGAUGAUGUACGCUCAGACUAAAGGAACCUACUACGUCCAGCUAGAGGACGACAUCGUCGCUCGUCCCAACUUCUUCACCACCAUGAAGAACUUUGCGUUGCAGCAGCCGUCGGAGGAGUGGAUGAUCCUGGAGUUCUCUCAGCUCGGCUUCAUCGGUAAGAUGUUCAAGUCCUCGGACCUGUCGCUCAUCGUGGAGUUCAUGCUGAUGUUCUACAAAGACAAACCCAUCGACUGGCUGCUCGACCACAUCAUGUGGGUCAAGGUGUGCAACCCGGAGAAGGACGCGAAACACUGCGACCGGCAGAAAGCCAACCUGAGGAUCCGCUUCAAGCCGUCGCUCUUCCAACAUGUGGGAACACACUCGUCUCUGGCCGGAAAGAUACAGAAGCUCAAGGAUAAGGACUUUGGGAAACAGACCCUUCAUAAGGGUCACGCCAACCCCCUGGCGGAGGUGACCACCAGCCUGAAGACCUACCAGCACUUCACCCUGGAGAAGGCCUACCUGGGGGAGGACUUCUUCUGGGCCUUCACCCCCGUGGCGGGCGACUUCAUACGAAUACGAUUCUUCACACCGGUCCGCAUUGAGAGGUUUUUCUUUCGCAGCGGAAACAUCGAACAUCCUGGAGACAAACUGUUCAACACGUCGGUCGAGGUUCUGCCGUUCGACGUGAGUCUUGAAAUCCACUUCGGUCCAGAUACUCAACCAGUAACUCAGAAUAUUCAGGCGGAGAAAGAGGCCUUGACAGACGGGAGGGAGAAAACACCAAAGUAUCACCGGACAGAAGACGGAUUUAUCAGAAUAGGAACGUUCCAGAACGGGGUCGCUGAGGGGGAGGUGGACCCCACGUUCGGGCCCCUGGAGGCCAUGCGUCUCUCUGUGGUCACCGACUGUCCGGUCUGGGUGAUCCUCAGUGAGAUCUUCAUAAAGAAAGCAGAGUGAAGCUCCUCCCCCUCCUCCCCCCACCCUCAGUGAUACCUCAGCCGAGCGGACCGGACGCUCGCCAGCCGCCGUCCCGCUCCAGUGCUGCUCACCGCGGUGGCAAAGCACCGCCGCCUGGCCGGACCCCACCGCCGCCGGGCUGAACGGACCGGAGACACAGAACGCACUCUGACAGGCUGAGGAGGAGGACGAUGAUGAAGAUGAUGAAGAUGAUGAAGAUGAUGAUGAUGACAGGACGAGUGUGGAAGCUGUAAUUAAUCCUGAACAGUCUGUAUUUAUAUGUACAUACGAGGUAGAUGUUGAAACACUGGUCGAGAAACUGCUGCUUCCAAACUCACAGCACCACCCCCCCCCACACACACACACACACACUCAGUCACCACGUAUGUGUGUACAAACACACACACGAUCGUAUGAAUGCCGUCUCUAGUUGCGGCUCAACGUUCACUCGUUUUUCCUCUGUGAGAGAUUUGCCUUAAAGAUGAACAGAAACCGACUGUAGCCACAGAUUACCCACAAUCCUCGGCCCCUCAAGCAUCAUGUGGCUUCAUACUACUGACGAUAAAACCUUGUUUCAUUUUAACCGAGGCCUUGUCACUGACGACUGCUCCCUGUUCGUCACUUCUCUACUCUACUGUAGUGUGAUGUACUCUACUGUACUAUACUCUACUGUAGUGUGAUGUACUCUACUGUACUAUACUCUACUGUAGUGUGAUGUACUCUAAUGCACAGUACUUACAGCCCUCUACUGUACUUAACUCUACUGCACACAGUCCUAUACACUACAGUACUGUACUUUCAUCUGCUGUACUCUGAUGUACAUUAGAGAACUUGAAUGGAGUCUAGAGUAAUCUGUUGUACUUUACUUUACUCUGCAGUACUUUCCUGUACUGUAUUUUUCUGGUCCAGUACAGAAACACAGAUCCUUCCUUCAGUCUGGUGAUGAUUAAUAAUGAAAUAUGAAAUUCUUCCAUCAGUUUACUGAUGACUCAUCUCGUCCCGUAUGAACGACGUGAGACAGGAUCUGAGGUCGUCGAAAACAGAAAUAUGAACCAAAAGAUGAAAUGUUUAGUUUCACAUAUUAUUUCUAUCACUGACCUGCGUCACAUUGAAAUGUAGAAAUGAGACGAGCCACCGCUGACCUUCGACCUCCAGUUCGUGUUUCCAUUAGUAAAGGUUCAGAAAUGAAAAUUGUUUUAAAACCAAAUUGAAUUAAUCAGAUGUUUUCACCUUGAAAUCCUCAGUAACUGAAACAUGAUUUAUCUUUUGAUUUGUGUUUUUAUUCCACCGAACCCUCGAGACUCUUCGUUCUCGCACACGGAGCUCGGAUGGAAAACGCAGCGAGCAGAACCGAGCUUCAGGAAAACAUUCUGUUCCCUGGAAUAUGCAUUACUGUAAUCUGGUGUUGUCUUUUGUAUCCUUUAAAUAAACUAUUUCAAUGAUCUCACA